CUCGGACCCACUUCCCCAUAUGUGCAACCAGGGGGUGAGAUGAGGCGGAGUUGACUUGGAAACCUCUCCUUGGCUACUGUCCUUUCUAAGGAACUCACCUUCCAGAGCCCACCUGCACAGAACUGGCAGGGGACCCUUGUGGGAGCAGAGAAAAUGGCGAUCUUCAGGCAGCUGUCCCUGGGUGCAAAGGCUGCCCUGGCUGCUCUCACUGUCUUCCUGUCUAUGAUCGUGUCCCGCUCCUAUCUGGCAGAGAGCCUUGAGUUCAGGGCCUGGCGUUGGCUGUUUCGCCUGCAGCUUGUCUUCUUUGUCAACUCGCUCAUGCUCAUUGGCUCCCUCUACAUCUGGCGUAGCACAGUCAGCAACCUGAGCCACUCCCCAGCUGCAGAGUCCAUCUGUUUUCAGCUUUGGAAGAUAGCUGUGAUGGCCUUUCUGGCCCUGGCCCAUUCCAGUUUCUUCACCAUGCUCUUUCUAGUGGCCGAGGAGCCCUAUCUCUUUUCCUUGGCAGCCUACUCUUGCCUGGGUGCUUACAUCAUCAUGGUUUUUUUCCUCUGCAUCCUCAGCGCCAUGGAGCAGGCCUACCAGCUCCUUGCAUGGCGCAGUGGUAGGGUCGUGGGCAGCCUUGACAAGACGAGGAAGUUGGCACUCAGGCCUGCCCUGGCAGUGAUAGUGACUGCCGUGCUCAGCGUAAUCGGGUUUCUAAAUGCUGCCCAGCCCCCGGCUGUGAAAACUGUGGAGGUCCCCAUCCAUCAGCUGCCCCCUUCUCUGGACAACCUCAAGAUCGUGCUUCUCUCAGACAUUCACUUGGGCCCCACAGUGGGCAGGACCAAGAUGGAGAUGUUUGUGAGGAUGGUGAACAUGCUGGAACCAGAUGUCACAGUGAUCGUGGGUGAUCUCUCCGAUUCAGAAGCCUCAGUCCUGCGGACGGCUGUUGCUCCUUUGGGCGAGCUUCAUUCACGCCUUGGUGCCUACUUCGUUACAGGAAAUCAUGAAUACUACACAUCAGAUGUCAGCAACUGGUUUGCACUGCUGGAAUCCCUGCACGUCCGGCCUCUUCACAAUGAGAAUGUGAAGAUUUCUGCCACGCAGGCCCAACAUGGUGAUCGUGGUGGUGGUGGUGGUGGUGGUGGUGAAGAUGACAACUGGAUCUGUUUAGCAGGGGUGGAUGAUAUUGAAGCAGACAUCCUGCACUACUCUGGCCAUGGCAUGGAUCUUGUCAAGGCCCUGGCAGGCUGCAGCCCAGACCACACCACCAUCUUGCUAGCUCACCAGCCCCUGGCUGCCAAGAAAGCCCUCCAGUCUCGACCAGAUAUUAACCUGAUCCUUUCUGGGCAUACGCAUGCUGGGCAAAUCUUCCCUUUGAACGUGGGAGCCUAUCUCCUAAACCCCUUCUUUGCUGGUCUCUACCGAGUGGACCAGGCUACAUUUGUGUAUGUUAGCCCAGGCACAGCCUACUAUGGGAUACCCAUGAGGUUGGGUAGCAGGGCAGAGAUUACGGAGCUCAUCCUGCAGCGGGCUCCCUGAACCAGCCCUGCUUUGUGCACCUCUGCCCCGCCCUUACCCUCCACCCUCUACCCUCCGUCCUUCAUCAGAAUGGUUUGCCUGCUUUAUCCUUCAGCCUUUCCUGCCCAGUCCUGCCAAUGCCCCCCUUGGUCAUAAGCCUGACUUGAACAGUGAUUUGUGGUGGGGCUUCUUGGCAAGUUCAGGCUGAUUUAACUCUUUAGAUGGCCAGCUGCUUUUUUAUAGGCACUUGUGAAGCCACUAAGGUCACAUAUAUAGGAACACACAUCUAUUUUCCAGAUGGUGUGGAGUGAGGCCCUCUUUCCACAGAGCUCACAGGGAUGAACCACAACAUGGGACUGUUGGAAAAUGACACAUCUAGAAAGCAUAGUUGGGUGGGAGAGGGAGCAUUUUCCUCUUGGUGUUUUUAAACCCUCUUUAGGACUUAGGUAGUUUCAGAAUCAUUGACCCAGAGCCAUUCUGGGGAAAGGGCAGUGUUGCUAAGUAAUUUGGGAGAACAGGCAAAAUGGGAGGCUCCUCUGGAUGCUGGAGAAGAAUAUUUUCUUUUCCUCCUUGGUUCUUUCAGACUCACCUUUAUUGAGGACAUCAGCAAAGCCCACUGGAAUGCGGGGCUCCGACUCCAGACCUCGAGCAAUGCUAUUAAACUGCCUGCUCCUGGGCUGGUGGGU